AUUGGAGGGGGGCGAGAGAGUGAGGUGCUCGCUUUCAUUAUCUUUCCAGCUGCUUUCAGCUGCCUUUUGUCCCAAGAGCGACACAUUGCAUUCAAUGGCAUUUGGAUUUUAAUUCUCAUCCCACUCUCUCUCUCUCCUCUCUCUCUCUCUCCCCUCUCAAAGACACUUCAAUUUCCUUAUUUGCUCCCAUUAAUUUCACCACCACCAAUUCCACCACUUGCGUCUCCACUAGCUUUAAUGUUCCCAGUUAAUGCCAUCAGGGCCCCUCCCCUCUUCUGAAGGAGACCAUCUCUCAGCGGCCAAGAUGGGAGAAAUAGCUCUUUUGCCUCCCAAUUUGAGCCCUUUCGUCUUCUUCCUCCUGUUCGCAGCUUUACAAGACCUUUGUACAUUGGACAAAUUUGCUGUGUAUGGCUCCCCAGUGGUGCAUCAAAGGGACUCCAUUGUAACGAAAGAAACGGACAAUACACUUUUGUCAGAAAUAUCUCCAAAUAGUGCCCCUCAGCCAUUGAUACCUCUUCUUGCUCCUUCACCAUUAGUACCAUUCCAAAACAACAGCACACCAGAACUGUCAGGAAAAUGUAUAUUAAACUUGUCAGCUACUGACAGUUUGAUGAGGAUAACUGCAGUUGAUUGCUGGGCAUCUGUUGCUCCGUUCUUGGCCAAUGUAAUAUGCUGCCCCCAAUUGCGAGCUACUAUAAACAUUCUUGUGGGACAAUCAAGCAAAGAAACUGGGAUGCUUGCUCUGGAUGCUACUCAUGCUAAUUAUUGCCUAUCAGAUGUUCAGGAAAUUCUAGGAAGCCAGGGUGCCAAUUACAACCUUCAGAAAAUAUGUUUGAUCCGUCCAUCAAAUCUCAGCGAAGGAUCCUGUCCUGUGAAAGACACCAAUGAGUUUGAGAGUAUUGUUGACUCUUCUCAACUCCUAGCUGCGUGCAAGAAAGUUGAUGCAGUUAAUGAAUGUUGCAGCCAGAUUUGUCAAAAUGCAAUACUUGAAGCUGCUACAAAGAUUUCAUUGAGAGAUGGUGGCUUACCAAGUAGCCUAUCUGAGCACUCAUCUAUGAUGGACGACUGUAGAAAUGUUGUCCUCAGAUGGCUCUCGAGUAGGAUUGAUCCUCUAUCUGCGAAUCAAGUACUUAGACGGAUAUCUAACUGCAAAGUGAAUGAAGUUUGUCCAUUGGUCUUUCCAGAUACGAAAGUUGUUGCAGAAGAGUGUGGGAGUGUUACCAGGAACCACAUGGCAUGUUGCAAUUCUAUGAGCAACUAUGUGUCUCAUUUACAAAAGCAAAGUUUCAUAACCAAUCUACAAGCAUUAGAUUGUGCCACACAACUUGGUCUUAAGUUACAAAAGAUGAAUGUUACCACUGACAUUUUUAACUUCUGUCAUAUAACUCUCAAGGACUUCUCACUCCAAGUUGGAUCUCAAGAGUCUGGAUGUCUGCUGCCAAGUUUGCCUUCGGAUGCAACUUUUGAUCCUUCCACAGGGAUUAGCUUCACUUGUGAUCUAAAUGAUAAUAUUGCAGCACCUUGGCCCUCUGCGUCUCUGGUGCCAUCAUCUUCCUGUAAUAAGACUGUUAAGAUGCCUGCCCUUCCAGCUGCAACAUCUGCGCAGAUUGGUCACGGUGGAAGAGAGGUGAAGCUUCAGCAGCUGAUCAUUAUGUUAUUGGCUUUUAUGAUUUUCUUCAUCUAACUCGAAACAAGCUUAUUAACAAAAUUAAUACUGGUCUGUAAGUAGGUAGAAAGCUCUUUUACUAUUCGAAUUCCUUACAUAUUAUAAUCUUUUUGCCAGUGUCGAUAUCAAAUGUAUAUUUAAUCGAUCAAUAUAUACACCGUCUUUUCUUUGAAGUAAUUAUGAAAGCAUGGCAACAGCUGGCCGUUUGUAGCGUGAA